AUGGUCAAACUCGAAGAAGUCGUCGACGAGGAGUUCCUCCGCGAGCAGGAAGGCCCCCAUGACGAGGACGACUGGGACACCGACUCGGAAUCAGACACAUCCUCCAUCGCGGACCUCACGCCUGACGAAACCCUCUACGAGCGCGUCGCCGCGCUGCAAGACAUCAUUCCCGCGCACACGCGCCGCUCCAUUGCCUCAACGUACAACACCGCGACCAGCUACCUGAAGAGCGGACUCUCGCUCGGCGGAAAGACGCUCUGGGUCGUUAGCACCAGUGCUUUGCUGCUGGGUGUGCCGUGGGCGCUCGCGUAUAGCGAGGAGCAGAUGAUUAUUGAGCAGGAGAAGAUGGAGUUGGCGAACCAGAGGGCGCAGAAUGAGUUCAUGGCGCCGAGUGCAGGAGGCCAGCCGCAGGGCGCGAAGCCGGCGUUGUAA